AUGCUUCAAAAUACUUUGAGUUCGCACAAUAAUGGUGUUCAAAUUGCUUUUUUUGUUCAUGCACGAUCCCGAGGUCCGGUUACAGCUUUAACCAGACAGCCGACUGAGGGUCGCAGCCGCGAAGGCGGCCUUCGCGUCGGCGAGAUGGAACGUGACUGUUUCAUAGCUUAUGGUGCAAGUCACUUACUUGUAGAACGCCUUCUUCUCUCUAGCGACGCCUACGAGGCGGUUGUGUGUGAGACCUGUGGUCUGUUGGCCUCGUCACGAACCUGGUGUCAGUAUUGCAGAAGUAGUCGGAGCGUGGCUACUGUUCGUAUGCCCUAUGCCUGUAAGUUGCUUAUUCAAGAGCUGAUGUGCAUGCGGAUCCUCCCUCGCCUUGGACUUACAACUGCUUAUCAGAAUCGUAAUGUCCUCCCUUCAGGCCUCAUUCACUGA